ACUCGAUCGGUUCGUUGAACUUGGUGUUGAACACGUUGAAGACGCCAAGUUCCUGUCUGUAUCUGUUGUGUAUCGUAAGGCAAAAUGUGGACCCCAUUAGCAUUGACGCUAAUGGCGUUGCUGAUGUUUCUGCCGCCCGAACCUGGUGUGGCUCAGUUUUACAGUUUAAGUUUCGGAACCGAGGAAGAGACUUUUCCCGCCACAAAUCCACCCUCAUCACCAGCUACGGCAACGGCCGCAGGGCCCCAACUCGUGAAACAAGAAGUGCGCCAAAAGGUGACGCCAUUGGAUGCGAUGAUCGAUCGGACCAAUCAUCUGGGUUUUCGUGUGCUCCAUCAGCACUCGAAGGGUAAUAAGAACAAUAUAGCACUGUCCCCUUGUGCCCUUGCCAGCAUACUUGUGGCACUGUAUGAGGGUUCCGGUGGUCGAAGUGCCGCCGAGCUAUAUGAUCAGCUAGUAGUUCCGUACGACAAGGACGUGCUGCGUGUUGGUUAUCGGGAUAUUCAUCGCCGGUUGCGCAGCUACUUCUACCAGAAAGAGAACCUCUUGAAUGGUCUUAGCUUGAGCAGUGAGAACAUCACAAUCAGGCCGGAGUAUGAGUCGGUUCUCAAGUUCUAUGGUUACGAUCUGGAUAACAUUCCUGAGAUGCGAAUGCCAUCCACGACGACGACGACGACGUUGUUACCUCCCACGACUGACGAAACAACCGAAAUGGAAUCGGAUGUGAGCGAUUCCACCGUCGACCUGGAAAGCACUACACCAGUUCCCGUCGAAACAACGACAACAUUCACUAGCAUGUCCGAAGAACCCACAACGCCCUCCAUCUCGACGGACGCUUCCACGGUGGCGAGCACAACCGAAGCUCUUGAAGGUUCCGGCGAUGCUAGCACGGUCAAUCAAGAACCAGAUGAAACCACGGAUGGCAUGAUAUCGGAAACGGAAGCAGCAACUGAACCCAAUACCGAACAACCGACGACAGUCGAGAGUGACGAUGGAACGGCAGAACCGCCCGCUGAUGCUCCCGAGGCUGACGGUGGAGGUGAAAAGCGUCGUCGGAAUCUUCGAAAACGGGGCCAUCGGCGCCAUUCACCGGAUUCGCCCCACCGAAGACGUUCGCUGCGUACCAAGCGACAACCGGAAGAGAUCGAUAUCGCCAGCCAUCAACGGUUUCUGCAAAGCUUUCUCCUGCAAGACGUUGUUGCGGCUACGCCGACGACGACCACAAGCCCACUGAUCUCGAUCGUUGGGGGUCCCACACCGAGAACCAAUCCGUUCUUUCAACAACCCGCACCCGAUGCGUAUCGAUUGCUGGAGGACACAAUCGAACACAACUUCUAUCUCACCGAGACAGAGAUUGUCCGAGUGCCGUACAAGGUCUACAACACAAUCCUGAAGUACGCAUACAUCGAACGGCUGCAUUCGACCGUUAUCGAGCUGGAAUUGGACUCGGAAGACUACCGGUUGCUGCUCAUCCUCCCGGACUAUGAGUUCGGGCUCGGUAAUGUGCUCAAGCUGCUGCAGAUUGGUGACAAUGUACCGAACCUGCGUGACAUAACAAGCCAGAUGAGCGCAACCUGGGUCAAAACGAUCGUACCGAAGUUCAGCCUUAAGGGCAGCAUCGUCCUGACGAGCGAUCUACAGAAUCUCGGAAUCAACGACAUUUUUGAGCCAGCACGGGCCGAUUUCUCACUCAUGACGGACGAUUCAUCAAUUUACGCGAAGCACAUCGAACAAUCGAUCAACAUUAACAUCCGGACGCACUCACUGCAGCAACUGAAACGUUUUACCUCACUUUACAAGAAUCCGGUCGAGCUGGCGGUCAACUACCCAUUUCUGUUCUGCAUCUUGGAUAACGAGCUCGAUUUGGCGCUGAUGGUGGGUAGAAUCUUAAAUCCACUCAACUCGCGUAUCCACUAAAGACACGUCAAGCCACGUGGUGUUUGUUGCUAAUAAAGAUUACUUUCAAAGAGGAAAACCUGCAUCUUGAAUCUCUUGAUGCUUUCCGCGGGAGAUUUAAGUUCGAUUAAUCAGUGUAGGCAUUCAACGACUACGCGCAG